AUGGGCUUGGUAAACUCGUGCUGUACGUCCCUUGCAUCUGGGUGGAGAAGGCUCCUGGCCUAUGCACGCUCGCAGGCUUUGGGCUUGCCAGGCCCGGGAGUGGUGCCGUCUGCCAGUGCGCCGAGCGAGCUGUGCGAGCCAAGUCGCGAGCCCGUGACGGCGCUGCCGCUCUUCGGGGAGAUGGUGCUCUACGGCUUCGCUGAUGGCGAGCUGCUGGGUGUCGAGAGCCAAACCCGGGCCGUGCUUUUGCGGGAGAGACUCCCAAAGGAGCUCCUCGAGGCUGACUUGGCGCGGAAGAGCGCGAGGAGCUUCCGGGGCAGCGUGGAGACCUUCCGCAAGCAGCACCUCGAGGCCUUCCGGCCCGCAGUCCUGCGGCAGUCUGCGCAGGGGUGGCCUGCAAUGGAGAAGUGGGACUUUGAGUUCUUCGCCAAACACUGCGGCGACAUCGAGGUGGAGGCCACGCUGCGCCAGGGCAAGCGCCAAAAGCUGCUGCUCAGGGACUAUCUGAACGAUUGCAAGCUGCAAGCAGGUGGCGAUGAGUUGCCGUACUUGAGGGGCUGGUACUAUCAGAGGGAUGCCCCGUGGCUCCAAAAGGACCUGUGGGAGAAGGGCGACUUUCAUGAUGUGGCCUUUCAGGAUUGGUUCAAACGCCUUCCUGCCCGCCAUCAUCCGGAUUUCCACUGGCUUUUCAUUGGCGCCGCAGGGGCAAUCACUCCGCUUCACAUCGACCCGUCUGCCACGCACGCGUGGCUCUCACAGAUAUCGGGGCGGAAGCGCUUUACUCUUUUUGCACCCAGUGACUUGCCCGAGCUGCUCAGCGAGAGCGGCGGCUUCAAACCUAUUGCGGACAUCCCUGUCAAGCGUCAGGAGAUAGUUCUGGAGCCCGGCGACACGAUCUUUGUGCCGGCGCAUUGGGCUCACCAGGUGGAGUGCCUGGAUGAUUCAAUUUCAGUGACAUGGAACUUCCUCGGGGAGAGCUUGUUUCCGACGGUGCGUGCAGCUUUCCUGGCAAAUGCGGCGAAGCCUGCCUAUGAGCCGGAGCUGUGA